ACAGGGGUGGUAGUGUCUCAACUCUCUAUAUAUUUGUAAAUCCAGACAAGAUCGAUCAUAGAUAGUUUGUAAGAAUUCAGAGAAGUGGUAGGGGUUGAGUAGGAUCUGACAUCAUUCUAGAUUGUGCAAGUUAGCCAAAAGGGAGAAGAGCAUGGGAGAAUUUUCCAUAAGAAGCAAGUAGGAACUGUUCCAUAGUCACAGGAGAUUAGAAGGGAAAGGGCUGGGAUGGAUUCAUUGACCAUAGAUUUCGAUGACUUUGAAAACCCCGAUAUCGCCUCGUCUCUGGGGAUUUUAUUCAUCUUUUCUGACUCCAAUAAAAGCGUCGUCUUCUUCUGCUUAGAUUUCUGAACCAGAAUUAAAAAAACUCAGAAAGAAUAAAUUAAACGGGGAUCAGUUUCAGACGCCAAAAUAGGAAAUAACCAAUUGAGGUCUCUGGGUAAUUGUCUUCUGAUAUAUUUGUGAAGAGUGAAGAUAAAAUUCAGACGUCUCAGCGGGAUCUGAACUUUCAGAAGAACCCAAAAUUGGGUUUGCCUAUUGAUUUAUUAUUUUCAAGACCCAAGGGAAGAUCGUGAAGAUCGUGGGUGCUUUUUCUUCACAAGAGCUUUGAGAUCUCCGGAGAUGUCUGGGGCACAGGAUCGAUUAGAGAUCAAGUUCCGGUUGACGGAUGGGUCAGAUAUCGGUCCCAAGAGUUUCCCUGCUGCCACCAGUAUCGCCACCCUCAAGGAAACCAUCAUUGCUCAAUGGCCAAAAGAGAAAGAAAAUGGUCCAAGGACAGUGAAAGAUGUCAAGAUAAUUAGUGCUGGAAGGAUUUUGGAGAACAACAAAACAUUAGGAGAAUGCAGGAGCCCCUUAUGUGAUAUUCCUGGGGGAGUUACAACCAUGCAUGUUGUUGUUCAACCACCUUCCUCAGAAAAAGAAAAGAAAUCAGACCAAUUGAAGCAGAACAAGUGUGUCUGUGCUAUUCUAUAAUUUGCACAUUUGAUUGAAAAGGAUAGAGUAAUGAAGCUGGUAUUGGAUUGAAAUUGUGGAACACAAGGUUGGCGGUUGGUGGGAAUGCACAUCUCGUCGUGGAUCUAAUUCUUAAACAGGUCUAUGGCUUCUUGACGAGGCUAUUGCUUUUUUGUGCAAGUGCAAUAUUUGUCGAUUAUUAAAGCCCAUUAGACAACUAUUUAUGUAAUGAUAUGCUAGGUUGUCUAUCAAAAAAAAAAAAUUAAAUUAAAUUUAUUUCCUAUAGUUGUAAAACCUGCUUUAAAUAUAAAGGUCUAAAAACAGAUAAAUGAAUGGGAAUUUUGCACCAGUGGGACAUUCUCCAUUGGCAA